AUGAUUACACUUGCCGAUGGAUUUACUUUCGCGCGCAGAUUGUAUCUUGUCGAGGUCCCAGUUCAUGCCACCACCUCCUAUAUUCAGGGUUCGGGAUCUUUGACGUCUACUUACUCCACUGGCGGGACUACUUUCACCGGUAGUGAUGGCAACCCAACCACUCAGACGGUGUAUUACGUGGAGACACCAGCUUUAGCCACGACAUCAUACACCGGCUGGUCUGAAACUUUCGCUUCCACCUACUCUACUGGCGUCGCCGCGUUUACUGGUAGUAAUGGCAAUUCAACCACCCAGAUCGUGUACUACGUUGGUACUCCAUUAAGUGCCUCUAUUGAAUACACUGGAUGGACCGGAUCAUUUACUUCUACCUACUCAACUGGUGCUUCAACCUUUACUGAUAGCAACGGCAACCCAACUACUCAGGUAGUUUACUACGUUGAAGCCCCAGGUCAGGUCUCGACCUCGUUGACCAGUUGGACGGGAUCGUUUGCGUCUGCCUACUCCACCGGUGUUUCAACUUUCACUGGCAGUGACGGCUACCCAAGCUUGCGAACCAUACUUUACGUCGAAACACCUGAACUUGUUUCUUUAGGCGGGACGAGCUCUAGCGCGCCCACUUAUUCCACCCCUGUCACUACAUCCAUUGGUAGUGGAAGUAUUCAAACUAUCCAAACCCGAUCCCACCCUAUACCAUUGGUCGAAGCAUCUACUGAAUAUACUGGUUGGACUGGAUCUUUGACUUCAACUUAUUCUACUAUUACGAGAAUAAUCACUGGAAGCAAUGACGAGACAACUCAACGAAAUGUUUAUUAUGUUAGAACUCCAACAGGCGCGUUCUAUCAAAACACAACCUCUCAUGUUUUCAAAACCUCCACUCAGUCUAGUUCAUUUGACAGUCAAACCUCUCAUACUUUUGCGCCAAUAUCGUCUACUUCAACUAAAAGAAUGGAAUCCUCGUCAAGCGCUUCAAGCGGCAUCCUAAGCUCGGUUGAAACUGCGUCUGUUAUAAGUAGGACCUUAAGGACAUCCAAUCUGCCAUCGAAUGAAGUCACAAGUACUACUUCGGCGUGGAUUACGACAACGAAUGGAUUAGGAAACGCGAAUACUGCAGCCAACGCUCCAUCGCUGUCGCAAAGUACUAGGACUUCAGCCUCUAACACGGGAACUGAACCUGAUGGGGAAGUGCCAACUCAUCCCGCAGCCUAUUCAGUAAACACCAACACGGCAACUAACGCGCCAUUGCCGCUGCAAAGUGACGGCUCUUCAGCCUCUAACACAGGAAAUGAACCUCGUGAGGUUUUAUCAACUGGUUCCUCCGCUAGGCUCCCAGACAAAUUUACUCUUGGAGGCACUGCGCCGACAACCGGUCCUCCGGAAAGUGGAAAUACAGGGUCCAGAACGAUAAUUUCUCCCAGUGGACCAAUGUCUCCCAACCUUGGAGAAGCUGGUAGUUCCUCUGGCAGUGUCAGCUCGCGGACAGCAAAUGAGCCUGCUAGGGCUGGAUCGGGUGGGUCUCAAACGCCUUCCUCCAGUGGAUCGACUUCUGGCGGCGCUCCUAGCAGUGGCAAUGAGUCUUCGGAACCUACUACUGUUCAUCAUCCAUUACAAAGCGCUUCUUCCGUCUCUACCUCAGGUGCUUAUACUUUUUCCGUAUCGACUUAUCAAAAUUUGGCAGGCAAGCUGAAAAUAGGUGCUCUGUUGGCGGUUCCGAUAGUUCUGCUAUGA